AUGACAGGGCCAACGCCCAUUGGUCUGCAGCAGCGAUUUGAUCGUGCCGGUACGCCGCAGACUCCGCGGGUGAAUGACGAUGCGGCCGAGCGCCGCCGCCGCCGCAGGUCGGCUAUCGAGAGGCGGCGGUCAAACCUGGUGACGCCGCAUCGCACGACAACCAAGACGAACCUCUUUUCGCCGAGCCCGCAGCUAAAGUCGCCGAAACGGGCACGGUACGAGGAGUGGAUGAAGAUUGCGGCAGACAACAAGAUUAAUGCCAACAACACAUGGGACUUUGCGCUGAUCGACUAUUUCUACGACAUGCGGCUGCUGAAGGACGGCGACUCGAUCAACUUCCAGAAGGCGUCAUGCACGCUCGAUGGCUGCGUCAAGAUCUUCUCGUCGCGCGUCGACUCUGUGGCAUCGGAGACCGGGCGGCUGCUGAGUGGCCUGGCUGAGGCCCCAGGAAAGCGUGGUCGUGGGAAUAACACCGCGGGUGAGGAGGAGCAGGACGAGGAGAGCGCUGCCGGGAAGCAAAAGUCGCGCCGUGCAAACAGAUCGGUUAACACGCUGGCCAAGGACAUGGCCAGCAUCAGCGUGAAGAAGCUUGACCUCGAGUUUUCGGGUGGGGCGCGCGGACUGCUGCUCAACCACCUGAGCGUGGAUGGCGAUGGCAAGAUUGAAAUUGCUGACCAGUCAGAGGACGGGGCAGAUAGCCGAAUGCCGUUGACUCAGAAGAGGGUCAAGACGACGCUGCUGGACCUGUCGCCAAUGCAGGAGCUGUUUGACAACAUCACACGGAACCUCGACGACGCGCAGAUUUGCCCAUCGCUGGCAGACUUUGAGUUUACCUGCGAUACAUCAGUUGACUUUUCGCUGCUGAAGGAGCAUCUGCGGGAGGACGAGGCUGAGGAGGACUCUGAAAUUGUGCCGCCAUCACCAGCGCUCAUGAACGACGAGCAGAGCCCUAGCCUGGACGACGGGGGCGACGACAUGGGCCACUUUUUGAACUUUGACGACGACAAUGACGGACCGGUCCCGAUGGAGACCGCAGCGAUGCUGCAGAUUGCCGAGGCUGAGGACGCGACUGAGCAAGGCACGCCGACCGGGAUCCCCAGCGACAACCUGCUGUCGUAUUUUGACACGAAUCUGGCCAAGGGCGGCAGCACGAGCAGCAGAGAGGAGGCGGUGGAGGUCAAUGGCGAGGAGGCGGCAAACAAUGAGGAGGCUGCUGGGGCUGACCCGAAGCGCAAGCGGUCCGAGAAGCAAGCGUUCUUUGUUGACUUUAUGAACGGGCCGGAUCUAAGCGUCGAGACAUUGUUUGCCAAACCGGCACGUGCGUCGGCCAUCACAAUGACGCGCAAGGCCAUUAUGAACCAGGACCACUCGCUGCCCGAGGACGUGCGCUUUUCGUCCAAGAACCUGUUCAAUCUGCUGCUGAAGCCGAGGCUCAAGUUCAACCCGCGCCGCACCGGGACCGACUCGUACGGCGGAUUUAUGGUUGACGGCGACGAUGCGGCCAAUGCGCUGGGCAGCAGCGCUGAUAUCGGCGACGAGACGCAGAUUGGCUUUGAUGAUGACUUUGACGACGAUGGCUUGACAUUCGGGAGUCCAGACCAGCGUCGACCCGGACCGACACCACGGCCGAUGGCAAUGCUGACGGCGACGUGCUCAAUGCGGGCCUACGCGCGGCGCGCCAAGCGAGUCAACGUCAAGAAGCUCAAGGACAACAUCUGGCGCGAGAUGGCGCUCAAAACCGACGGUAGGCCCACGGACCGGCCCAGUGCUGCUGCGCUGGACGACGAGACGGUAGAGCUCGAGGGCGACCAGAAGUUCAGCGACGUCGUCAGCAGCCUAAAGUCCGUGUAUCCACCCGAGAAGCUGAGCGAGCUCUCGGUGUCGUACUGCUUUAUCUGCCUGCUCCACCUGGCAAACGAGCGUAACCUGCAUAUCGAAGGAGACUCGACGCUGAGCGACCUGGUCAUCCGGCAGGACCGGUUCGAGCACGAGUAG